UGUCGUGAAGGGCUCCAACAAUAGAAAGCAGACAGAGGUGGAUUCACAUGGAUUAUAAGCAGGAGCGCUGUGAGCUUAUAGAGACUCGUAAAGCACUGGUUUUACACGCAGAAGGACAUUUGUUUAGAUUAGUCUGAUUCCUGAUAGAGCUGAGAGAUUGUCCUGUAGGUGAAUCUGUGCGGAUGUGUUGUGGAUGAAUGCUGGGAGAGCAUCUCUGACAUCCACAAGCUGCAUUUCAGCAGUGAGAAGAAGUGCUUCGAGUGGAAUAGGAACUGCGGAAAAAGUGACAGGAAUACAGGAAUACCUACACAGCCCAGAGGAGGAUGGAAGAAUAAACAGAACAUUUUACAGCUGUCGCAGGUGAUUGUGGAGUGAGUGAAGAUGCCACUGGUGAAGAGGAGCAUCGAGCCGAGGCACUUGUGCCACACGGUGUUGCCCUGUAGUAUUAAAAACGAGCUGGAGUGUGUCACCAACAUCUCGCUCGCCAACGUUAUACGCCAGCUCAGCAGCCUCAGUAAAUAUGCAGAGGACUUGUUUGGGGAGCUCUUUAAUGAAGCACAUGCCUUCUCCUUUCGAGUCAACUCCUUGCAAGAGCGAGUGGACCGUCUGUCUAUCAGUGUGACACAGCUCGACCCUAAAGAGGAAGAGUUAUCUCUGCAGGACAUCACCAUGAGGAAAGCAUUUCGCAGCUCCACCAUUCAAGACCAGCAGCUAUUUGAUCGUGAGUCUCUACCCAUCCCGAUGCAGGAGACGUUCGACCUCUGUGAACAGCCUCCACCACUCAACAUUCUUACACCCUAUAGGGAUGACGGGAAGCAGGCUCUGAAGUUCUACACUAACCCGUCCUACUUCUUUGACCUGUGGAGGGAGAAGAUGCUGCAGGACACAGAGGACAAGAGGAAGGAAAAAAGGAAGCAAAAGCUAAAGAACAUCGAUCGUCCUGCAGAACCAGAGAAGGUACCACGAGCUCCUCAUGAUCGCAAAAAGGAGUGGCAGAAACUGGCUUUGGGGGCAGAGCUGGCAGAAGAUGACACUGACGAUAAACACAAAGACACUAGCAAUGGCUUGGCACCCUACCAUGACCCCAGGCAAAUGUAUAUGGAUCAUUUGGAUGGUUCGUUCUCUCUGGCUGCUUUGCCAUAUUCUCAGAUGAGCGAGCUGCUCAACCGCACAGGAGAGCGCAUGUAUGGCCGACCUCACGAGCCUCCACCCCCUCCACCUUCACACCCUGCAGACAUCAAGCCUGCCUCCGCCAUCAGCUCCAGUUCAGGUUUCUCCGACAGUCGUCCUCAGUCUCCGGCCCGCACUCCUGUCUUCUUGAACCCCAAUGCUCCACCCCCUCCUCCUCCCCCACUUCCCCCACCCCCUCCUCCUCUCCCAUCCGCCCUAUCAGGUUCAAGCAUGCGCAGCACACCGCCACCCCCAAUCCCACCAUUACCUUCCCAGCAACCCCUUGCUAUCCCCCCUCCUCCUGCACCCCUUCAGAUUGCCCCUGGUGUAUUACACCCCGCCCCUCCUCCUGUGGCUCCACCUCUUCAUUCUUCUCCAGCCCGACUACAGCAGGACAAAGUCUUGCUCCCUGGCAUGGGAGACGGCUCUGUCUUACCUCCUCCUCCCCCGCCUCCUCCUCUGCCCCACCCAGGGGCCCGAAGCUCCCCCCCUUGUCAGCCUCCAGGUCCGCCCCCUGUGCCUUCAUUCCCGGUUUCGUCCCCGCCCACUCACUUGGGUCACGAAGUCAAGAGACAUCCAUCAAACCUGCCGCCAAUCAGCGACGCGCGCAGUGUCCUAUUAGAAGCCAUUCGUAAAGGUAUCCAGCUGAGGAAGGUUGAGGAGCAAAGGGAACAGGAGGCUAAGCAUGAGCGUGUGGGCAAUGACGUAGCCACUAUCUUGUCCCGACGCAUUGCUGUGGAGUACAGCGACUCAGAAGAUGACUCUGAGUUUGAUGAGGUUGACUGGAUGGAGUGAGAGAAAAGAAGAAGGGAGAGACAAGCUGAAUAUUUAGGAGGGAAUGAUUAAGAAAUUACCAUUUUAAGAAAAAAAAUUGUGUCUGUUUUCUCUCUGUCCUGCUUCCACGGUUCUCCAUGUGGUAUGUUUCAGGAAACUUUGUGUCUCCAGUUGUCUUUUUCAGGAUGUUUGCUCUCAUGUUUUUUAUACAACAUAAUUCAACUUAUGUUGAUGUUCUCAAGGUUUUUUAACACUUCUAUUUUACAAUUAAUAGAAGUAACUCAGAUGUUGUAGCUCAUUUCAAGGAGGGACCACAAAGAUCCGCUGUUUAGUGUUAUGUAAAGGGGCGAUGCGUCUUUAGCAUCUUAUUAAAUUCUAAGGCAAUGCUGCCAUCAUCUGGUUUAUUAUUUUUUUAACUUCAUUUUAUUUUACAUGUAUAAGGAAGACAUUUCACAUUUUAAAUAGGCCAGUAAAUGCCUAUGUGAAAUGAGGGCAUGGUCCAUUAAAAAAAAUGAUCUCAUUACAAUAAUUUUACAUAUCUCUGAGCAAUAUGUACUGUCAUUGUAUGAUUUUAAUAAGAAAGAAAAAAUGUGGUUACGAUGCUCGUUUUCUGUAAAGAUGUGAAAAUUCGUAAAAAAAAAAACCAAACAAAAAAAACAAUAUAAGGGGUUUAAAUGGUGCCGAGAGAUUAAGGCAAGAUGUUAUGUUUUAUCAGGUUCUAGCAUUCAGAGGGCUCUACAUGGUGUGUUUAAAUCAAUAAGGAGUCAGACCACUACAGUAUCAACUGACUGUCUUUUGACAGAAAAGACCUGGCCAUACAUUUCUCCUUCUCCUGCCUUAUGGUUUGUAUAGACGUGUUGUUAAGUUGAUGAAUGUAUUGUGCCGUUACUACUUUUUGCCUGCAUUUCUAAACAUUAGCUGUUUCUAUGUUCCAGACAGGAAAAUAAAAGAAGAAGAAACAAACAAACAAACAAAAAAAAUGAAUAUAAUUUUAAGGUGUACACCUUGUAACUUAUGUAACUGUUUAAUGUAACAGUUCGCUUGAAUUAAUAAAAGCUAAUGUUAUGUUAAAUGUUCCAUGACAGUCAUAUGUCUUCAGAUGUAUGCAUGUUUGACAUAAUAGUGUUUUGUAGAAUAUGUGUUUAUUAUUCCUGCUUACAUCAUGGAGGAAUAGCAGUGCUGUCUUCUGUUCACAGUGGAGAGUGUAAAUGUUGCACUUUGCCAGAUGAUGGCGCCACAAAAUCAGCCUAAUGCUGCAGGUUUUCAGCUGUGUUGUUUUUUAAACUUCUUAGAUUCAGUGUGAAAUAUUUCAGCCAAUUAUUCGAUGAAUCCAGCCAUGAAUCAAUAAUUUCAGCUAGAAAAAUAGUUACUGACAAAUGUAUCCACUCUGUUACUGUGUUCCAUGAGCAUAAAUGUGUAUUGAUGUGUAUCGAUUUAGGACAUUAGGAUUAUUAUUGUUACUAGUAGUAGUAGUAGUAGUAGUAGUAGUAGCGAUCCAAGCAUAUAGUGCUGAAACUAGGGGUGUAACGAUGCAUCACAGUGCAAAAAUGUGACUAUGUGCAUCAUGUGAAUUUGUAAUUCACAUUGUGGGAAUCAGCAUUCUCUUAAUUAUGCAGCCGGUGCAAUUGUACUUUUUGACCACCAGAGGUCCUGGGCAUUUUAGCCGACUUUGGAGCUCUAUUUCCAAUUAAAAAGUUACCUCAGGUGCUGUACAGAGCUCAUUAUGUUUCAACUGAUAAUUUUACCUGGAUCAGAGACUUUGUUUCAAUCAAAUUGUUGGGAGAAUUUAUAAAUUUAUUUAUUUAUUUUAAAGAUAUGGUGAACCUGUAGUACAGUUUCUUCACAAUAUUAAACGUCUGUUCGUAGCAAUUUUUAAAAAAAAAUUAUUUAGUUUUUUUUAUAAUAACAAAAAAAGCUCACUGUUUUGCAUUGUUUUUGACUGAGAAAUAAUAAAAAGGAAUCUUUUCAGUCAUUUUUCCUUAUUCAAAUCUUGUUCAAAAUAUUCUAAGAAUCGAAUUAAAUAGAAUUGUGUCAUGAAUCAAAUCGUGACUAUCGUUACACCCCUAGCUGAAACCCUAUUCUCCUCUAAACCAGGUCAGCAGGUAGUACUCCAUCUUGGCAAUCAGGUAAUUGGCCUGAAGCGGACAGCAUAGCAAUUUAAAAUUUUGGCCCAUAAAAGAUUUUGGCCCAUGAGUACUAGAAAAUAAAUAAAUGGUUCUGCAGAUUCCUUGGCUUAACAACAACAACAGCAAAAACCUUUAAGAACCCAUGAGCUGCAGCCCAUUUGAGCUUGCCCUAAUGUGCAUAAUCUAUAAAUGUUUAUUGUACAGAUUUUGUUAAUCUGUAAAUGAACUUCUAAUAAUGACUUGAUUAAUAAAAAAAAAACAAAAAAAACAUUGACACCAUCAACUUAGCUUUCGGCAGGCCUUUGACAGGGUUAAUACUAAUCUAUCAUAACAAAACUUGAAUUGUGUGUCCAUCUAGGCACCAUCUGAUACCAUGCAACGUUACACAAAUUGGCCACUGGAGGGCACUACUCAUGUUUUCUAAAUCAAAAACAGGCAUAUCUCUUGGAAAAUAUUGUGUACACUCAAAAUUUUUUUUUCUUCUAGAAUAGUUGCCCAUAAAAAGCUGGCUUUUGGACCAUUUAGCCCCUCUCACUCAAAUUUAACACAAUUAGCAUCAUACUAAUAUGCAACCCUACAUUUGAGAAGUACUCCUAGGAUUACUUUUAAUCAAUUGAAAUUGUGAAAAUAAAAGUACAAGAAAGAAUCACAAAUGGAAAAAAGAAGUAUGUACUUCAAAUCAUAUUGAUUUUAGUUAAUAAAUCUAAAUUAGCAAGCUUCUCACUAUGGAAGGUGAGCAAAUAUUAACUAACGCAAACUAUUGGUUGCUAGUUGCUCUGAUGAUAUAAAAUAGCUUACAUGCUAAUAGCUAGCUGUAUUUAUUGGCUAAGUAAAGACAAAAUGUAGCUAAUACCAGAUAUUUGUUCUGACAGAUCAAUUCAGUCAUGUGUUAAAUUCUUGAACAACAAGAGUUUCUAUUUCGGGGGAUAUUUUAGGGAGGUGGGUGGAAACUGGAGAACCCAGAGGAAAUCCAUGCAUCCAAGAGGAGAACAUUAUAUUAGCCUAAGCUCAGGAAUUGGGGACCUUGGAGCUGUGAGGCAGCAAUGCUAUCUGCUGGGCCACCACGCUGUCUCUUGAAUAAGUAUGUAAAUGUAAUUAAAUAAAGCUCAUUUAAAAGGCAUAUUU